GAAUACACAUAAAGGCUUGUUUGUGCACCGAUGCAUCAAAAUGAAAUUUUUAGCAGUCGUUUGUGCUCUGCUCGGGGCCGUCAAUUCGGAAGCGCAGAGCGGACCGGUGGGGCCCAUGAACUUCCACGAGGUCAAAGAUUGCGACCCCGUGGACAAUAAAAUCGACCUACAGGUGAAAAUUUCCUACAGUGGGGACCACAGCGACAGUGCGGAAAUCUCCUUCAACCUGCCGGAGGAUUACGGGGACGAACUUGAAGGGUAUAUUUCCAUCGAUAAGUUCGAAAACGACGCGUGGAAAGACGGCAUUUUCGAGCAGAGUAAGCCGUUGCUCGAUUUCUUGGAAUCGUUCGGUGGACGGGCUUGGAAAAAUUUCCGGAAUGAGAUUAAACCAAAGAUUGAAAACCCGCGACAAAUCCCGGCUGGGGAGUACAAUUUGGCCUAUUUUAAGGAAACUUAUCUCGAUUUGGACAUUCCCCAAACUUUCUAUGGCCGGUUUAGAGUCACGAUAAUCGUAAGCAACGCAGAUGAGCCCCUCGUUUGCAAACUGGUCGAAGUAACCGUCUCCCAACCCACCCCAGGAUUUUAAUUAAUCAAUAAAAAAUUAAGUGUUUAAAAAA